AAAAAAAAGACAGUAGCAGUCUCUAGUCGUGCCCUCUCUUUAAGCUGACCUCCGGCUCAGGCUGACUCUGCUCCGGCCGCUGAACUGCCGCUCCUCUCCCGGCCCGUCACCACUCACCACCACGUCCCUACCCCGGACGCCGGCCCCAGCGCCUCUUCCAGAGUUCUCGGCUCCUAGCCCAGGACCCAAUCCCAAAGGCGGCUGUUAAGAGGAGAGGAAAAGAGAAACCCUAUUCCCACCUCUCUCCGGCGAUCGCCGGGAACGGACGGACGGAAUAGCUACAGGGCGACGCGUUCCGUUGACGUCCUUGGCGCCGGAGCAGAUGUCUAGUAGCUCCAAUGGUGCAAAGGUUCUGCCGAAAAGAGAGAAAAAUAAUCAGGAGAAAUUACAGCUCGACAAAAAUGCAGCUUCUAGAGCCUGUGCGAAGGACAGGCAGUAUAUUGAGAAAUUGGAGACUGAGCUAAGGAAUUGCUAUCAGGAGAUCGACUAUUUGCAGGAUCAAUUGAAUAUCAGGAAUAUUGAAGCAAAUAUCAUGGGAGAGCAUAUUCACGGUCUUGAAUUGAAACUAACUGAACUUGAGAAGUUCCCUGAAAGAGUGAGAGUUAUGGACAAUGAUUUGAUGCGCUCUGAUUCUCAGUGCUGGCUUCUGAUGGAAGAAGUUCAAUGCAAAGAAGAGGAGUUGCAAAAGGCGGCCUUACAAAUUGAGAAGCUUGAAAGUGCAACUUUAGAUUCGCAAUGUGAAAUUGAGAGCUUAAAACUUGAUCUGACUACACUCGAGCAGAAACUAUUUGAUGCCGAGAGCUUUGGCCAGCAUACUGUUGAGUUCAAAGCUAGGAUGGAGAAACAACUGUGGGAUUAUGAGCUCCAGCUGCAAGCAGCACAAAACACAAUUGAUAAUCUUGAACUUGAGAAGAAACAACUGACAGAAGAGCUGCUGUCUAGAAGAGCUCUUAAAUUAUCCUCUUCUACAGCUGAGGAGCAACUUUAUAAAACAUCGGGACAUGAUGGCAAUGCGAACUGUGAAGAGGACCAUGAAAUUCUUGAAAAGAUGGCAAAGCAAAAUGAAGAACCUGAACUUCUAAUUGAGCAGCUCAAGGUAGAACUUCGAGAGCAAAAACUGAAAGCAAAGGAGGAUGCAGAAGAUCUCACUCAAGAAAUGGCUGAACUGAGGUACCAGAUAACUGGCAUGCUUGAGGAAGAAUACAAGCGUCGAUCUUGCAUCGAGCAAGCAGCUAUUCAACAAAUUCAGCAGCUGGAGGCUCAGAUCUCCGGGGAGCAGAGAAAAUUGAGUGGAGCACUAAGACGAUUGCAGGAAUCGCAUGAACUAGCUAAAACACAAGAUAUGGAGAUUAAGAAACUGAAGGAUGCUUUAGGGAGGUUGAACUCCAUGGCCAAGUUCGGGCGGGUUUGCAAAUCUUGCUCUUGUGGGUUCUGUCCAAUGUUGCCAGAAUUGUCUAAUUGCUCGAUUGAAGGGUCAGUUGAUGUUGGAUCUUCCAAUGCUAACAACAUUGAUGAAAAGUCAGAGAAUCAAGCUCUGCUAGAAUGGCGUCACAUUGAUGAAAAGUCAGAGAACCAAGCUCUGCUAGAAUGGCGUCCUGACGAAGCUUCGGAAGGUGACGCCGGCUAGAAUCUAGGAUGAUACAUAAGCACAUGCGCUCAAGUGCAGAUGCUGUAUAUAAUUCUUUGUGCUGUUGUUGUAUGUAAAUGCAUAUGCAUUUCUAACCUUAAUGAGCCGUGUUGUUUUUCAGAUUACUUCUCUUAUUUCCACUGAGUUAAACUCUCAUGACAGUGAAAAUGUAACUUGUAAAAUUCAUUGGCAUAUUAUUGGCGAAAAUGGUGUCCUUCUGCAA